UUCUUCUAAUAUUGCCACAUUGAAUGUUUGGAUUUCUUUGAAAUUAUUCUGGAAUUAUUGAAAAAAACGCGUCGUUGUCGCAGUGAAUUAAAUGUCGACGAAAACAGGAAGGCCGUCAUCCCCACGACGGUUCUUUGCACGUAUCUAUGGUCAUUUAGAAUCAACGAAAAAAGUGAACGACGCAGUGGAAGAUUCAAAAUCAAGGACAAAUUUUGAAUCUUCGACAAGAGGGAACGUCUGCGAAAAAAAUGCGAAUUCUGGCACAGAAACUUUGUGUUCUACACCUCAUGGCGGUACUACACAAGAAAAUAGUGUGACGGAAACUAUAGCGAGAGAAGAAAGUAAAACGCAAGAUCCUGAAAGAUUGAGAAUACCGCAAGAGGAUGCAAGAGUAUCCGAAAAGGAUUCUCGGUUGCCGACCUUAGGGAUUCCCUUUUUAUCUCACACAUUUUUUCCUGGUACUCCUAAUCACACGCUGCACCUGACGCAACUCGCACAUCCUUCUGUACUUCCGCCGCAUCUUCAUGGCUUAACGAAUCAUCCGGCGACGGAUCAUCAUUUGCAAGGAUUCUCUGCCUUCCUCGCACGUCGUAGAAGAAAAGAAGGCCGACCAAGAAGACAGAGGACAACAUUUAGCGGGGAACAAACUUUGCGUUUGGAAAUAGAAUAUCGGAGAGGUGAAUACAUAUCAAGAGGUCGAAGAUUCGAACUGGCGGAGUCUUUGCGAUUGACGGAAACACAGAUCAAGAUAUGGUUUCAAAAUCGUCGAGCUAAAGACAAGAGAAUUGAGAAGGCACAACUAGAUCAACAGUAUCGAAACUUCGCAGUUUCCAGUGGCUUCGUUAACUUGCCCAUUUAUGGUAGUGGUAAUUUCUGCAGGCUGUGUCUUUAUAAAGACGCCUUUGGAUCAUCCGCAGGACAUUCAUGUGCGUCCACACACGUUACUGCCAUAAGUUCAUCGAUAGACCAACCUCAAUGCAGCAGCAGUAGUGGAAGCGAAAUGUCUGAUAAUCCUUCUACUGUCACAUCACCGAUUUAAAUAAAAGAUCGAUCCUUCGUUUAGUAUAGAAAGGUCUAAUAUACACGGGGCUUGCCAUAGUUGAAGGACAAUUUAUGCACGAGGUAAACACAACGCGAUAAAACGAUUCAUUCAGAUUUAUCUAUUAUAUUAUCCUCGAGAUUCAAUUUAAACAAUGAUUCAAUAAUCGAUCGCGUGUAUAACUAUAUCAAUUCUAUUAUCGUGUAUGAAAUAUUCGUAAUAUGUAUAAUGGUUGAGGUACCUUUAUUUAAUAAUCGAUAAAUUCGAUCAUUCUACAAACCAAAGAAUAUGAACCUCAAAAAAAAGAAGUACAUACUUAUUAAUUCAUUCGUUUUUAAGUCCAAUCUCUAAUUAAUUUUCUUUUUUGGAAUAUAUCCUCGAUUGUCAUUCGUUUCUAAUGUAUUUAUUACCGUAAAUAUAUAUUUCUUAAGUAUAAGUAUACAUGUAUGUAAAUCACGACUUAUUGCUAUUUUAUAAUUGUUAAUUAAAUGUACAUAUUUUGUUAUUAACAUUAUUUUUAUUAUCUUUUAUUGUAUAAUCUGCAAUUGUAUUGGUUCGUGUAUCUGAAAAACUAGGAAAAAAUUGUCGAUUCGUUUCGAAACAAAUUAAUGACUU